AUGUUCACUCCCACUCCUUCUCUCGCACGCGCUCUCCGUCGUCUCGCCCUCACCACCAAGCAGGCCGGCAAGGACUACUACAAGGGUACCGGCACAGGCUCCAUGGGUCGUCACACAAAGUUUGGUGGUUACACUAUCGACUGGUCAAAGGUCCGCACCUAUGUCGUCCCUGACCUCGCCGACUUCCACCUGAAGCCCUUCGUCGCCGAAAACAUCGACAAGCCCGCAAAGGACCACGAAUUCGCUGGAAGCCUCACUGGAAAAAUGUACCUCGAUGCAUGGAAGAGACAGGGCGACGCCAUCUAG